AUGAACGGAUUCUCUCCUCAACAGCAAUUUCCAGCCGAGAAUUCAGAGGAAACCCCAAAAAUACGCAAGAGGAAGCUGGAAAAUGACGAGAAUGAAGAGCCGGAGAGCAAGUUACCGGCGAAUGUAAGUCUCCAAACUGUAGGAUCAUUCCUUUUAGAUCAUUUCAAGCUUGGCCAGUAUGGUAGAUCAAGCCGGCAGUAGCUCCAUGGGAAAUUACAGUAUGUAUCCCGCGUACAACGGCUCAUUUAACAUGAACUUUGGCGGGAUGGAUCCUCAACAACUCCUCCAGCCAUACAAUGGAGAAGGAAGUUGUGGCCAGGCAGUAAGUUGAGAGUUAUCUUUUAAUUAGUUAUGCGGUGACUUGGAUGGGUGUUGUGACGAAAAAAUUUUUUUUUAUUUUUUUUUUGAUGAUUUUAGGACCCUUGUUACGCAAUCAUCAAUAAAAUGGCAUGGUAGUCGUAGUCGGUCAGAUAAACUUUUGUAAAUUUAAUUUUUGUGCCUGAUUGUCUACUUUUAGCCAUUUUAAGGCCAAAUUUGACGGGAAUUCGGAAAAAAUAUUGCCUUUGGAUACUUUUCGGUGCUGAGCACAUUUUUCUAACUUGUUAGUUAAUUUUUUUUUAUUGCAAGUGCUUCUGAUCAACCCUUCAGGGAAGAUGCAUUUUUUAGGUAACAAAAAAUACGUUUCUUAUUGUUAAGUUCGGAUUUUGAUGACUCUUCGCUUUUCAAUAAACGCUUUCAGUAUGCCCAAAGCACUCCUAAUCCAGCUACUUUUGUCAGCCAACAAGCCCAAUUCCAACAGAAUUAUAAUAUGUUUCAUAACUACAACCCCAACCUCUUCAACAGCCCUUUGACGGAUAACACUUACUCCUCGAAUCAAUCCCAGCCUUACCUCAACUCAACCGACUCGGGCCUUGGGACUAGUGGAAGUAUGGGAGGAUCUCUUCAUAGUACCGCCAACUCAGAGCUUCAGGAUUUUUUGCAAGGUGCAGAAGGAGAAGCUACAGAAACAGUCGGAAUUGAAGUUCAUCCGGAUGACGUCAAGACCAAAUACGACGAAGUUCCUGGCCGUUUGGCACUGUUGAAUGCCAAUGUCAAGCAUACUGUUACGUUAGCUGAAGUCAAGAGGAGAUUGGGACAUCCAGAAGGGUUAAACAUGUCAUUAAUUGGAGGGUAUUUGAGGAAGUAAGUUAGGAGUUUUACUUGUCAUUAUAUUUACAAGACUUUUUAUCACGUAUUAACUUUAAACUUUAUAUUAUUUUCUUUUCCAGAGCCAAAAACAAAAAUGGCGGGCAAAAGAUCAAGGAGCAACUUUCACAAGCCGGGAUCUCAAUCCCCUCAGGCAAAAGAAGGCAAACGGAUCCGACAGCCUUUACAGCACUUACGGAGAGCGAAACCAACACUUUGGUAGAGGAUUUUGAUGCCUUAAAUCGAAAGUUCUUCCCUCAAGAAGCUUUUAUUCAAGAAGUUCAAGCCGAGUUUAUGAAACCUGAAGUCUACAACGCAUAUAUUCAAAUCCAACAAGGCUACCUGAAUCCUCAAAGGGCUGUGGAAACGGUUAAGUUUGUUCUGAGGAUCUGCAGGAACAUUAUGCAGAGGGAUCAGUCGAUUUAUGAACACAGGGGCUUUACUUCACCGUAUGGAAAGCUUUCACCUCGAUUACAACAUGAUUUGGAGACGUUUAAUCUUGUAAGUUGGUUUUUUAAUACAUGAAUUUAGCUUUUUUCCUCAUUCUGUUCUAUUUUAUAAUCAUCUAUCAUACCUAAUUUUUUUCUUCCAGGUAACCCACGAUUUUGCUGUGCGAGCAUUUACAUCGAUGCUGUCAGCUCUGAUUGGAGAGACAGAGCCCGAAGGUAGCUUCGAUAUCCCAAUGUCACUCCAAUAA